ACCACCACUUAUUCAUUCUCUUAUUUCUCUCUCCAAUUCUUCUCUCUAGUCUAGACCGAAGCAAAUAAAAAAAACAAUUUCAAAAAUAUAUAAAUAAAAAAAAAGGGAAACGGGAAAAAAAUAGAGGGGUCAAGGUCAAUUACGUUGCCCUAGAAACGGAAAACGGAGUUUUAGUGGUCGAAAAUUACUCAUUAGCCCCUCUUUUCCUUCUUUUUUCAAAUUUCUUCCCUAAGAAAAAAAAAACUGAAAUUCUCGCGUUUGUUGAGCUGCCUUGUUUCUUUCUGUCCUUCCUCUCUCGCUUUCUGCUGGCUGGCUUCGAUAACGUGGUGAACUGUGCUGGGAUUUAAUUUGUAAGACACACAGAAGAUUCUGAAACUGGCUUGGCUUGUUAUUGUUUUUAUCAAUUUCCAAAUCGUAUAGCUGUGGAAAGCUUCUGCUUUCUGAUUUGUCGACUCUUCGAAAAAUGGUUGCGACUGCUGCUACUUCGUCUUUCUUUCCUGUUCCUUCUUCGUCUGCAGAGGCCAAAUCCAACAAGACACCUUCAAGCUUUGGAGGAAUUAAAUCGAAAUCUAGUUCUUCCUCUGGAGGCUUAAAAGUCAAGGCAAAUGCGCAAGCUCCUCCUAAGAUAAAUGGAUCCCCUGUAAGUUUGAAAACAUCUGUGGACACUGUGAAGACUGAUGAUGACAUGCCAUCACAUUCACCGCACCCUAGGACGUUUAUUAAUCAAUUACCCGACUGGAGCAUGCUUCUUGCUGCUAUUACCACUAUAUUUUUGGCAGCUGAAAAGCAGUGGAUGAUGCUUGAAUGGAAACCCAGGAGAUCCGACAUGCUUAUUGACCCUUUUGGUAUAGGUAAAAUUGUUCAGGACGGUAUGGUGUUCCGCCAGAACUUCUCCAUCAGAUCGUAUGAAAUUGGUGCUGAUCGUACGGCAUCUAUAGAGACGUUGAUGAAUCAUUUACAAGAAACAGCCCUCAAUCAUGUAAGAGGUGCUGGACUUCUUGGAGAUGGAUUUGGUUCAACCCCAGAGAUGAGCAAAAGGAACCUCAUAUGGGUUGUUACACGGAUGCAGGUUUUGGUGGAUCGCUAUCCGACGUGGGGUGAUGUUGUUCAAGUAGAUACAUGGGUGAGUAAAUCAGGAAAGAAUGGUAUGCGGCGAGAUUGGUGUAUCCGUGACAGUAAUAGUGGCGAAAUUCUAACGAGAGCUUCCAGUGUCUGGGUGAUGAUGAAUAAACUGACAAGGAGGCUAUCUAAAAUUCCGGAGGAGGUUCGAGGUGAAAUAGAGCCUUUUUUUGUAAAUUUUGAUCCCAUUGUGGAUGAGGAUAGCAGAAAACUGCCAAAGCUUGAUGACAACACUGCAGACUAUGUUCGCAAAGGGUUAGCUCCUAGAUGGAGCGAUUUAGAUAUCAAUCAGCAUGUUAACAAUGUGAAGUACAUUGGUUGGAUUCUUGAGAGUGCUCCUUUGCCAAUCCUGGAGAGUCAUGAACUGUCUUCCAUUACUCUGGAAUAUAGGCGGGAAUGUGGAAGAGACAGCGUGCUGCAGUCUCUGACUGCUGUAUCCGGCAACGGUAUCGGAAAUUUAGCAAAUGCUGGCAAUGUUGAAUGCCAGCACUUGCUUCGACUCGAGGAAGGGGCCGAGAUAGUGAGGGGAAGGACUAAGUGGAGGCCAAAAUACGCCAACAAUUUCGGCAUUCCCGGUCAGAUUCCAGCCGGAAGUGCUUAAAGAGUUCCCGCUCUUUCUCGACUGGGAUGGCAUUAGUGUCGAAAUGUUACAGCUCACAACCGCCUGUGUAGAAUCCUCCUUUUGUUCAGUUCUCGGGAGUUUUUAUAUAUAUUUCUUUUUCAUAUAUAUAUUUUAUUUAUUAAUUUUUUUCUCAUUCAUGGAAAGUUGUAAGCUUUGUGUAAUUAGUGGUUAGUGAACUCAAUUUUCUCGUCUCUCUCUCUCUCCAUGGUGCCAGUUCAACUCUAAUUGAUGUUAGCAUGUUCUGAUUGAAGAAUCGUAGCCAUUUUUUUUUUUGGGGGGGGGAGCACAUGUAUAUUGGCAGCAUAAUUUCAUUGCUUCUCAUCUCUUUGUGAUCUUAGAAAUGGACAGAAAAACCGGAUUUGUGGUUCAUUUAUUGUUUUUAUUUUGGUAGUAGGUAUUACUAUUUUUAAUGA